AUGGCCUACACCAUCUAUGACUCCUCCAUCCUCCAAACAAAGCGCGUCUUGACUUCGCUGUCUGACAUCCUCCACAAGGCAGAGGAGCAUCCAAAUGCCGCGAAUUUUCCCAAUAGUCGACUUUACGAAGACAUGAAGUCACUUAGCUAUCAAGUCUUUUGCGCGACAACUCAAACUUUGCUUGUCUUGGCUAGAUUGACAGAUGCAGAGCCGCCGGUGCACGACUCAAGCAAGGAUGUCCUUUUCUCUUACGCUGAAAUGUACCAGCGCAUUGAAAAAACACUCCAAGCGCUGGAUGCUGCCGAUAAGACCUAUAUCAUCGAGCACUGCGAGGAUGUUAAGCCCACAUCUCUAGGCACGACCACGAUGCCAUUGUCUGGGAUAGUGUAUGCAAAUAUCAUGCAGGCGAAUAUCUUUUUCCAUGUCACGACUGCAUAUGGUAUUUUGCGGAAGGAGGGUGUUCCACUGGGAAAAUGGGAUUAUCUAAUGCCCUUUGUGAUGCAGCGAUGA